CGGAAGUAUCUGUCAUUUCCUCCAGAAAAGGGAAGCUACUAGCUAAGCAAACGGCAGUGCUGUGUUUAUUAGAUAAAGAUUAUUUGAAGAUACAGUUCUAGAUCUAGUGAUCUACAGUCUAGAUCUAAACCACAAGAAUGGCUGAUGUUCACCAGUUGGUUUUCUCAAUACUGAAGUUUUUGGAAGAUCAGAAAAAAUCAGGACAACUAGAUGAUGAAGCUUCAGAAAGUUUAGAAGUUGCUGUUCAGUGUUUAGAACAAGUUUAUAAGAUUAACACUAGUGAUGAAGAGCAUGCUAGAAAAUAUGCAGUGCGGCAAAACUUGUUGGACAUUUUUAAUGCCCACUUAAAUGAGACUGAAUCAGAUCUUGCAUCACUAUCAUUACAUGAAGCUACUCCAGAGCAGAAGGAGGAAGCUGAAAAGCUCAAGAAUAAAGGGAAUGAAUUUAUGAAAUCAGAAAAAUAUUCUGAUGCAUUGGAAAGUUACUCACAAGCUAUCAGAUUAGAUGCAAGAAAUGCUGUGUAUUUUUGUAACAGAGCUGCUGCUUAUAGCAAGCUGAACAAACAUCAACAAGCAAUAGAGGACUGCAAUAGAGCUCUAGCAAUUGAUCCUAGUUAUAGUAAAGCUUAUGGUAGAAUGGGUAUUGCUUUCACUGCACUAGAAGAUCAUGAGAGUGCAUUUGAAUGUUAUAGAAAAGCUCUAGAAUUAGAUCCAGACAAUCAAAGUUAUCAGAAUAAUUUAGAAAUAGCAGAACAGAAAUUAAAGGAAUCUGCUGUUCAGGCUGGUUUUAAUUCUGGAAAUUUAGGAAAUAUGUUACGUGGUGGUUUAGGAAAUAUGGAUUUUGGUACAUUGUUCAGCGAUCCUAACAUUAUGAAUAUGGCUACAACAAUGAUGUCAAAUCCUCAGGUUCAACAAAUUCAGGAAAAUUUAUUUUUAAACUCUGACAGGUUGGCAAGUCUAGUAAGUGGGACUAACCCAGCAGAAGGAGGUGGCUUUUCCAGUUUAUUGCAAGCCUCACAGCAAAUGGCAGCUCAGAUGCAGCAAGCGAACCCUGAAUUAGUCCAACAUUUACGAGAACAAAUGAGAACUCAGGGUGAGGGUCCAGAUAUUAACAAGGAACAGACAGAUGGAAAAGAUUGACCUAACUACUGAAUUGUUAUUCCAAGAGUCAUCUGUUUAUCAAACUUGAGAAGAAAAAAAAUGCCCUGUUUUUGUUAUCUUGAAAUUGGAUUAUGCUUUUAUAUCAUAACUGACUUGCCCAUGCAUGUUUCUGAUGGAAUAUGAACUUAUUGAUACCAUAAAUUAACUGCUCAUUUUAUAAAAUUAUUAUUGACCAGCGAAAACCUUUUCUUCACGAAAUUAUUAGAAUAAUAAGGUGAAGAUUUUUAUAUUAAAAAGUAUAAUUGUAUUGUAUGUUGAAGCUAGGGAGUUACCAAAUAGAUUUAACUUGGACAUUGAAAUAUGUCUUUCUACAAAAGUAUUAUAUACCGUAAGGAUGAGGAUUCACAAGCUGUUUUUUUUUUUUAACACUUAAAAUUUUUAUUUGGUGGAAGCAUUUUUUUAAAGAGCUUUUUCUUCAUUUUCUCAUCUAAAAUAAUUAAAUUAAAUUUCUGGUUAGUUGUAUAUUGAAUAUUGUGUUUCUGUCAUUUUUUUUUUAUCUCAACUUAUUACCACAUUUGUUUAUUGUAUUAAAAAUCAAUUUAUGGUGCAACAAAUUUUUUUCCUAUGGAGCGUAUUACAUGUGAAUUUUCAUUAAUUUUUUUUUUUACUAAAAAUAAAUAAAUAAAUAAACAAAAAUUCAAUACUACUUA